UUCAUUAGCUGGCAUAUUCUCAAUUUGCCUUCAACUACACCUUAUUCUUUGCUUUAUUUUCGAUUUCGACGCUUUAGAACGAGAGAGAUUCAGAGGUUUGUGUUUGAACCAAAAAAACACAAUGAAGCAAUCAAAGACGGUUCUGAAAUAUCUCUUCGUCUUUGUUUUGGUCACCCUCCCUCCCAUGCUCUUCUUCUUCUCUACACAACAACGUAAACCUUUCUUCAACGCCCAAAAAGAUCUCAUCAAGAUCCGACCCGGUUACAAGUCUUACGAUUACUACAUCCAACGGCAGCUCAACAAAACGCUUAACCCUAGGCUACGUACGAUAUGGAUGACACGAGACUGGGACCGUAAGAUCAAAGUAUUCUCAAGAUUCUUCCAAGAUCUUAAGCGUCAAAACUUCUUAUCCAACGCUUCUAAAUGUCUCUGCGUCGGAGCUAGAGUCGGACAAGAAGUGGAAGCGCUGAAACGUGUGGGCGUGACAGACUCGGUCGGGAUGGAUCUUGUUCCGUAUCCACCGUUGGUGGUCAAAGGAGACUUUCAUCACCAGCCGUUCGAUGAUGAGACUUUUGAUUUCGAAUUCUCUAACGUGUUUGAUCAUGCGCUUUACCCGGAGAAGUUCGUUGGAGAGAUUGAACGGACACUACGACCAGGAGGUAUAUGUGUGUUACAUGUGGCUCUCUCUACACGCUCGGAUAAGUAUUCUGCGAACGAUUUGUAUAGUGUGGAGGCAUUGGUUAGGCUGUUCAGAAGAUCGGAGGUGGUUCACGUACGAAAUGUGGACGGCUUGGGUUUGGAUACGGAGGUGGUUUUUAGGAAGAAAAGGGAUUCAUCAAAGUAACCCAGACUUGAAUGUUUUUGCUUCUUUUUUUUUCGUGUUCCACAUUUAUUUUUUAUCUAUUAUUUUCUAUCGAAUCACAU